CCUGUGUUGUCAUCACGUGAUGUGCAUCACGUGAAUCAACUGGUAUCCCGUAUAAUCCCUACUGGUGCUCAGUGGGUUGAUCUGCUCCUCGUCUGUGUCAUGCUGCGUGUAUUCCUGUGCACAGGAAGAUGAUCAGCAAGCAACGUCGAUAUAGAGACAGCCUCCGAGCGUCUACGCGUUGGCGUUACGUCCUACUCACAGCUCCCAUCUUCUUCAUUUUGUCGCAACACGCUCGAGCAAGCUCCACUCCCAUGGUGGUCGAAUCAUGUUCGGACUGCAAGGCGGGAACGCGUUGUGUCAAUGAGUCAGGAAGUUCCGGUAAUGUCACGUGUCAAGCUUGUCCAAUGGGAACGAAGCAGCCUGCUGCAGGUCAGACAGACUGCCUGGCAUGCGAACGAGGACACUAUGCGAACACAACGGGAAAUCGUGGUUGCCACCCUUGCCCUCAAGGAUUGUACACGAACAAGACGCAGGCAAUAAACUGCACUCAAUGUGCUGCUGGAGAGUAUCAACAUCAGACGGGUGGUACCGAGUGUCUGCCAUGUGCGAUCGGCAACUACACUGCAAAGAAAGGACAGAGUAAAUGUGAUAAGUGUCCGAGAGGGAUGUUUGUUAACAUUACUGGAGCGACCGGGUGUUGGAAUUGCUCUCGUGGUCAUUACCAGAACGUUGAAGGGCAAGGACGAUGCAUUAAGUGUCCGAAGGGAAACUACUGCGGCAUACAGGGUUGUGUCACGUGCAGAGUGUGUGCUCCUGGAGAAUACGCUAAGGGUCUCGGAAACGUGUCGUGCAGCAAGUGCACUCCCGGGCAUCAAUCAAGAACAGAUCGGAGCGGUUGUGAUGAGUGUCGUGCCGGUUCCUAUUGUGAUCACCAUGGAUGUUCGCAGUGUAGACUGUGUGAACGAGGGACGGUCGCCGAAGGCGGAAAACUCAACUGCACGGAUUGCAUUCCUGGUUAUUAUCAAGAUAAAGUGGGUCAGCGAGAGUGUAGACCAUGUCGUAAGGGAUGGUACGUGCAAGUAGCAAAGGCCACCGGUUGCAUCGAGUGCCCCGCAGGGUCGUAUUGCCCCUACACAAGUAGCGGACCAGAACCGUGUGACCCAGGUAACUACUACUGCCCGGCAGGAAGCUCAACGUCUCAUUCAUGCGACGGGCUAUUCGACGUGAAUUCAGACCAGACGGAGUGCAAUAUGGGACAGGGACUGAUCGCGAUUAUCGUCGUGACCGUAUUAGUAAACAUCGGGAUUGUUGUCGCUAUUGUCGUCUUUGGUUACCGGAAACAUCGACGACAAGGCAGUAAGUUGACCAAUCAAACGCAACUAAUCAGACGAAACAAAAAUAGUCCACUCGAACGAGCCACGAGUCCAACUCCGUGUUAUGAAGGACUGUAGAACACAUU